AGACAACAUAAAGAAAAGGUAGGGCAAGUGGUCCCAAACAAAACAAAAGAAAACAACUCCACACCCACCCAAACCCAAAUUAGCCAUAGCGCCAACCAACUGGCGGGAAACCCUGAUUUUUGUGGGAAACCCUAAUUCCAAAUUUUCAAAACGCCUCCACACACUCUCACUCUCCAUUGCUAUAUAAACCAACUGACAGGAGGAGCCAUCUUCUUCACAAAACCCCCUUCUCAAUUAACUAACAAAUUACCCCCAAAAUCACAAACCAUGUAUGUGGUGAAGAGAGAUGGGCGUCAGGAAACUGUGCAUUUCGAUAAAAUCACUGCUCGAUUGAAGAAACUGAGUUACGGACUCAGCAUCGAACACUGCGAUCCGGUCCUUGUCUCCCAGAAGGUCUGUGCCGGUGUCUACAAAGGUGUAACCACUAGCCAGCUUGAUGAACUUGCCGCUGAAACCGCUGCUGCCAUGACUGCUAAUCAUCCUGAUUAUGCUUCUCUGGCUGCUAGGAUUGUGGUGUCAAAUCUGCAUAAGAACACCAAGAAAUCGUUUUCUGAAACAAUUAAAGAUAUGUAUUCUCACGUCAGUGAGAGAUCUGGGCAGAAGUCUCCCCUUGUUGCAGAUGAUGUUUAUGAGAUCAUCAUGAAGCAUGCUGCUAAGUUGGACAGUGAGAUCAUAUACGAUCGGGACUUUGAUUAUGAUUAUUUUGGCUUUAAAACACUUGAGAGAUCAUACCUGUUGAAGAUCAAAGGGAAGGUUGUGGAAAGACCUCAACAUAUGCUGAUGAGGGUUGCAGUUGGGAUUCACAAAGAUGACAUUGAUUCUGUCAUCAAGACUUAUCAUUUGAUGUCACAAAGGUGGUUCACACAUGCUUCUCCCACCCUCUUCAAUGCAGGGACACCCAGGCCUCAGUUGAGCAGUUGUUUCCUGUUAUGCAUGAAAGAUGAUAGCAUUGAAGGCAUAUAUGACACUUUGAAGGAAUGUGCUGUUAUCAGCAAAUCAGCAGGUGGGAUUGGUGUUUCUGUUCAUAACAUUCGUUCGACAGGGAGUUACAUACGCGGGACAAAUGGUACAUCCAAUGGCAUUAUCCCAAUGUUGCGUGUCUUCAACGAUACCGCCCGUUAUGUUGAUCAAGGAGGUGGCAAAAGGAAGGGUGCAUUUGCUAUCUAUUUGGAGCCAUGGCAUGCCGAUAUAUUUGAGUUUCUUGAUUUGAGAAAGAACCAUGGAAAGGAAGAACAACGUGCUCGUGAUCUGUUUUAUGCUCUUUGGGUGCCUGAUUUGUUUAUGGAAAGAGUCCAAAGUAACGGAACUUGGUCUUUGUUUUGCCCAAAUGAGGCUCCUGGUUUGUCUGAUUGCUGGGGUAAAGAGUUUGAGGAGCUUUAUACCCAAUAUGAAAGACAGGGAAAAGCUAAGAAAGUUGUCCAGGCACAGAAUCUUUGGUUUGAAGUUCUAACAUCCCAAAUAGAAACAGGGACCCCUUACAUGCUAUUCAAGGACACUUGUAAUAGAAAAAGCAACCAACAGAAUCUUGGUACCAUAAAGUCUUCAAAUUUGUGUACUGAGAUUAUUGAGUACACAAGUCCAACAGAAACCGCAGUCUGUAAUCUUGCAUCCAUUGCAUUGCCGCGAUAUGUGAGAGAGAAGGGAGUUCCGGCUGAAGCUCAACCAUCAAAGCUCGUUGGUAGCAAAGGUUCUUCCAACCGAUACUUUGAUUUUGACAAACUAGCCGAGGUUUGGUUUGGUUCCCAUCUUUUUUAUUUGGCUGACUAUGGGGAUUAUGUUGUGGAGCAUGAUUAUAAAUCUUUACUUAUAUUGUUUUUGCAGAUCACAUCGAUUGUUACUACAAAUCUCAACAAAAUUAUUGAUGUCAACUACUAUCCAGUUGAAACUGCAAAAAGGUCAAACUUACGGCACAGGCCCAUUGGCAUUGGCGUUCAGGGUCUUGCAGAUACUUUCAUUCUGCUUGGUAUGCCAUUUGAUUCUCCAGAGGCUCAACAGUUGAACAAAGAUAUAUUUGAGACAAUAUACUACCAUGCUCUGAAAGCUUCAUCUGAGUUGGCUGAGAAAGAAGGAACCUAUGAAACGUACAACGGAAGUCCUGUUAGCAAGGGAGUUCUGCAACCAGACAUGUGGGGAGUAACGCCUUCAGAUAUGUGGGACUGGAAAGUGCUCCGUUCAAUGAUAGCCAAAAACGGUGUAAGAAAUUCACUGCUUGUAGCACCAAUGCCGACUGCUUCAACAAGUCAAAUUCUUGGAAAUAACGAGUGUUUUGAGCCCUACACUUCCAAUAUCUACAGCCGUCGGGUUUUAAGUGGUGAGUUUGUUGUGGUGAACAAGCAUUUGCUGUAUGAUUUAACUGAGAUGGGUCUUUGGUCACCCACCCUCAAGAACCAGAUCAUAUAUGAGAGUGGUUCUGUUCAGAAAAUUUCUGAGCUUCCUCAACAUCUGAAGGAUAUUUACAAAACUGUGUGGGAGAUCAAGCAAAGGACUUUGGUUGACAUGGCUGUUGACCGUGGAUGCUACAUUGACCAAAGUCAAAGUCUAAACAUACACAUGGACCAACCCAACUUUGGCAAGCUUACGUCAUUGCACUUUCAUGCUUGGUCUAAGGGUCUUAAAACAGGUAUGUAUUAUCUGAGGUCGCGUGCUGCGGCUGAUGCGAUAAAGUUCACUGUUGAUACUUCCCUUCUCAAGGAUUCAAAAGCUGAUUCAAAACCGACCGGUGAUGAGGAUGAUAACACUAAAAUGUCACAGAUGGUGUGCUCGUUGAUGAACCGUGAGGAAUGCAUGGCUUGUGGUAGUUAAAGUAAUUGGCCUGUUGGCAGGGGAUUGGGAUUCAGUUUCCAAGUGCUUUCUUCAUGGUUGUUUGGGAAGUGUUAUGUACAGUGGUAUCUGAGUUGUUUUAUAUAUGGUCAACAUGUUUUAGUUUAACUUUAUGCUUAUAUGAUAUACUGUCACCUAUUUGUUUUUAACAAUUUAAUUCAAGUUAUGUGUUUCAUUCAAAA